AACAUCGUCUUUAAUUUUGGAACAAUCACCACAGCACACGAGGCAAUCUCUGAGCCAGCGAGAGUUCACUAUAAAUUAAGCGUUUUUCUUUCAUUUUUCGAACUGGAAUUUCAAAAAGUGAUCUUCGGUUUGCAGUUGCACCUUUUUCGCUGUGCCAAAUAAAGCAAAAAACAAUUAAAUUCGGGAAAGAAAGUGUAGCUAUCUUCUACCUAGAAUCAAUCUAUCACCGAACAACUUGAGAGAGAGAGAGAGCGAUAAACAAUCAAACCCAUUAAAUAAAAUCUCAAUAGAUUUCUGGAGUUUUUUUGUUCAUCAUCGGUUCUUUUUUGUUUUUGUUUUUUUGAUUUUUUUAAACCCAUUUUGUCCUUGGUUUUAUUAUGAAUUCCCUUUUUGUGCCCUUUUCAAUGGUUUCUUCUUGCUCUGGUUUUAUCCGUUUUGUUUUAUCUGUCAGUGUUCUUGUGUUUACAAUACGCUGCGUUUCGUCGGCCCCUCUGUGUCCCCUUCAAUCAGACGUGUUUCGAAAUAGCCUUCAAUCGCAGUGCUCUGUAGGGAUCUCGCCAAAUCCUCCGAUUCAGGUGGAUGGAGAGUUCCUGGACAGAGCUUUGACCUCAAAACAGAGAAACAAUUAUGAUUCAGUGCUUUUUUAUGCUUCAUGGUGCCCAAUUUCUCACAAUAUGCAUUCUACAUUUGAAGUACUUAGUUCCAUGUUCCCGCAAAUGGAACAUUUUGCUAUUGAACAAUCUUCAGCUCUACCAAGUUUAUAUUCAAGAUAUGGAAUCCAUAGUCUCCCCUCAAUUUUAUUGGUGAAUCAAACAUCAAGGUUGCGAUAUCGUGGUCCAAAAGAUCUCCACUCACUUGUUCAGUUUUAUCAGAAAACAACAGGAUUUGAACCAGUGGAAUAUUUUGCUGAAGAUGAAUCUGCUAGCAUGGGGGUAAGUGAUGGGCUAAUCAUGCAGUCCUGGAAUAGGUCAUCACUGAGGCAGAUGAUUUGGAGCGAACCCUACUUGGUAUUUGCCGUCUUCUUCCUGUGUUUGAGGGUUCUUAUAUCCAUAUUCCCAGAUGUCUUAUCUCAUCUAAAAGCUUUCUGGGAUUCAUAUGUUCCUCACUUAAACUUGGAAAUAUUUGGUGAGACAAGCCAAAUAUUUGGGCGUGCCCUUCACAUGAUUGAUGUGAGGAGGGUCUUGACCAGGCUGAGACUCUGCAAAACCAGGAACUUCCAUGAAGGUGCAAAGAAUGCUCGGGUUUGGGCUUCCCUGGCUUCUGUCUCCCUUGGCGAACCUUCAUCGUCCAGAUAAUCAUCCUGAUUUUGGGAGUCAUACCACAUGAGCCAAAUUGGGGUUAGAAAGAGCACAUUGAUCACAGUGUAAUAUAGAGUGGUGAUGUAAUACAUCCAGGCUGGUAUUCUCUGUCUCUCUCUUAUAUACUGUUUGUCAAAUUUUACUAUAGUGAUGAUAGCUGUAGCUGUUGUCCUUGUUUGAGUUGGGCCUUUUUGGGAAGGAAGCAAACGAGCAUGUAAAUUUGAUUAAGAACAGCUCUCUUUUUUGUGUAUAUUAAUGUCAUUUGGAGGAGCUACUUAACACAUCAGUACAAUGCAAACCUAUUAACUUCU